GUCGUUCUUUAGGGUAGUUACUGUAUGUCAGUUGAGUUACCUCAAAUCUAUACUUUGUUGGGAGAAUAUAUAUUGUAUUUGUUUAUAUAUUGUUUAGUUUAUACUUAUACUUGGGGAUAUGUUAUAUAUUUUAAAAUAUUCAUCAUUUAAUGUAUUUAUUACCUGAUCUAAUAGUAUAGCCUAGUAUUUUUUCUUCUUUCUUGCAUGCGUGUUAUUUAUUUAUUGAGUGUGUAUGCAGAUUUUGUAACUCUCUUCCAAUAGUCAAAGAAUAUGUUAGAAAUAGAUAAAAGGAAAGAUAGCAUUUUAGCUUCCCUACAGGUUAUGGGACAUGGUCCAAGAAAAAGGAAUUUUCAAAGAAAAACUUCUCUUCCUUUUAGAGCAAAUGCAUCUGCUUUUACUGGAUUGGUUUUGAGUACACGUUUUAAUUCAGAUCAUCUAUCUAGUGGGUUAUUGAAUACACAUCUAAACAGCUCACAGCGUGCAGAGACGAACUGUCGUACUCCGAGAAGCAAACUAGCGCACCUGACAAAAAAGUGUGGAAAACUCGAUUAUAUUAAAGAUUUCAAUCAAACUCAAAUAAACAACAUUGUACUUGUUUCUACUCGGCAUUCGAGACCCAGCAUUAAGCCCAAGUUCUUAUUCAGGUUUCAGAAAGUUGCUAAAUGUGUGGCCAUGCUUUGCCUGCUGUACAGGGAUCAUCAUCUUUUCGCUACAAAUAGUUAUGGAGUUCUGAGAGUCAGAAGAUGGAGGGCAGAGGAGAAAAAGAACCAGGGGACAGACCAAGAAAUUCUUUUUGAUUUGACAUCAUUUCGAGCCAAAACCAAAAUCCAGCUCAGGGUUUCAGAGACUGUCAAGUGGAUUCUUAGCCGCCCACCUCAGGACCGUUCUGAACAGGAUGUUCAUUUCGUUCUCACUGCCCUGCAAGAAAUCAGGGGCUUUGGCAAUUACUCUGGCACCCGACAGAAGAAGGUUGCAAAGGCAGCUUGGUAUGCAAGCUAUGAAGCCCAGCAAGUGAUGGUUCAGCAAGGACACAUUCCUCAUUCCUUCUACAUUUGCCUAUCUGGAUCAGCUAUUGUGAUCAAAAAGAACAAUGAAACAGGCCAGGUAAAGCCAGCAUGGUUUCUAAGCAAAGGAGAUGCAUUUGGGGUAUGUUAUGUUCCAUUAUGAAUUUUUUAAUAUGUAUGAUGUAGCAAAAUCGCAAGAGGUAAUAGGCAAUUAAAUAAUUUCAUAAAGCUUACAUAUAUUUUCAUUUAAAAAUAGUGCCUGAUUGAUACAAUACUAAAGAAAGCUCUCAGUUUGCAUGUCUUAC